AUGUUUAAAAAAUUUGUUAUAAAUAGUAUUGAAUGGAGUGAUCCGUUAAUGUCAUCAUCAUCAUCAUCAUCAUCAUCAUCAUCAUCAUCAUCAUCAUCAUCAUCAUCAUCAUCAUCAUCAUCAUCAUCAUCAUCAUCAUCAUCAUCAUCAUCAUCAUCAUCAUCAUCAUCAUCAUCAUCAUCAUCAUCAUCAUCAUCAUCAUCAUCAUCAUCAUCAUCAUCAUCAUCAUCAUCAUCAUCAUCAUCAUCAUCAUCAUCAUCAUCAUCAUCAUCAUCAUCAUCAUCAUCAUCAUCAUCAUCAUCAUCAUCAUCAUCAUCAUCAUCAUCAUCAUCAUCAUCAUCAUCAUCAUCAUCAUCAUCAUCAUCAUCAUCAUCAUCAUCAUCAUCAUCAUCAUCAUCAUCAUCAUCAUCAUCAUCAUCAUCAUCAUCAUCAUCAUCAUCAUCAUCAUCAUCAUCAUCAUCAUCAUCAUCAUCAUCAUCAUCAUCAUCAUCAUCAUCAUCAUCAUCAUCAUCAUCAUCAUCAUCAUCAUCAUCAUCAUCAUCAUCAUCAUCAUCAUCAUCAUCAUCAUCAUCAUCAUCAUCAUCAUCAUCAUCAUCAUCAUCAUCAUCAUCAUCAUCAUCAUGA